AUGGAUGGUUGUUGGUUUCACAAGUUCAAGUCAAACAAGGACAAGAUGCAGUCUUCGAAAAACAAGGAAACUGCAAGCGUUGUAAAAGAAAGGUUAAAGCCCCCGACAAAUGAAGAAGCUUCUUCAAAUGUCACUCAACAGAAAGUUGCAGCUGCAAAGCAGUACAUAGAAAAUCAUUAUAAGAAGCAGAUGAAGAACUUAUAG